CAAGUCGGACAUAUCCCACAGUCAGUGACACAAUUGUCAUUGCAUUCUUUCAAUCAAUCUCUUCAUGUUGGACAUAUCCCACAGUCAGUGACACAGCUCACUUUAGAGCUUUUCAAUCAACCUCUUCAAGUCGGACAUAUCCCACAGUCAGUGACACAACUAUCAUUGGAUGGUUUCAACCAACCUCUUCAAGUUGGACAUAUAUCACAUUCAGUGACACAGUUAGCUUUUGGAGAUGUCUUUAACCAAUUUCUCGCAACAGAAUACAUUCCAUCGGUCACAUCACUAUCGAUUCCAUGCGCUGAGUUCUCUCCAAAGAAUUUUAGUUUGCUUGACCAUCAGUGUCUUGAUCAGCUUACUGUUGUCCAUUUUGUCAAUUGCAAAAACUGGAACAAGAAGCCAUGGACAAAUGGAUCAUUUCUAGAUCACAAUAUCUCUCUUAUCAAAAUGAACAUACUUUCACAUUUGGUCAUCCAAGUUAAGCCAAGCAACCCACUCAACAGACUAAGUGAAGGGAUGCCAUCAAAUCUUAUGGCUUUACUGAGGUCCAUCCCAACAAUAACUCUUCAAUUCUUCCACUCUGGCCCCAACGGAACCACAUUGACUGACUUUAAAAUUCUCGCCCGGCUAAUUGAUGAAACAACGACACUACUAGUGCCAGUAUCAGAUAUGGAUAUGGAUGGUGAAAGAGUGAUAUCACUUUUAAUUAAU